GGGAAUAUAUGGUCGAUGCAAAAACUUCAUGUUUCUCCGAAAUGGCCAUAGUCGGAAACAGAGGCCAGAGGCAGCGGGCGCGGGUCAGUUUUCUUUCUGUUUUAUUACCUUAGACUCCAGGAGGAUGGGCUGAGCCUGGUGACAUAAUGGAGUCUUUGCCUGGAGAAGCCCCUCCGAGGCUCCUGUGUAAUCCUUUAAUUGGUUGCAUGAAUGCAGGGCCAAAGGGAUACGUUUUGGGGGACUGGGGAGCAAGGUGGAAGGCCAGGUAGCCCCAGCCCCAGCUCUGCCCUGAGGGAGUGUGAGGUGAGGUCAGAGGGUGCCCAGUGAGGGGGCUCCCUGGUCAGGGACUGCCAUGUGGGAAAAAGCCAGUUGGGAAGAAGGAGUGCAGGGUCCUUUGGAGACCAUCUGGGUGAGGUGAGGGUGCCAUCCGCGGCUUCCAAGCCCACCCCUCAGCUGCAGCAGCUGGGGGGGCUGUGGGUGGCAGUCUUGCCAUACCUGCAAGAGGGGCUUUGGCCAGAAACGCUCCAGCCUAGGCACUCACAGAAAGCUUGGCAGUUACUCAUUGCCUGAUUCGAUUCAGGCCAGCCAGCUUGUUGUAACUUUUGGGUGACCCUGAUGAAGACAAAGCCAGGACUCGGCCUUUGUAUGGCAGAGUCCCCGUUCCCGCGGGCGGGAGCCCUGCCUGCCUGGGGUACUCUGCCUAAGUCUGGGGCUGCCUCACCCACCGGCCUGGUGGUAUUCUGCAGCCUGACAAAUUGGGCUUUCAUCCCCCUCCUUGAACUGUACCCAUUUUGGGGGGCUGUUUUCAGGCGGGUGGGGGCAGUGGAGAGGGCACUCCAGGUUAACAAAGUCAGUGGCAGACAAAAGCUGGGAUUACCUGCCAGGAACGAGGGUGCUGGGGACUCUAGAACUACAGUAACAUCUGGUGGGGGCCUUCGAAUGUGCCAUGGCGAGUCACUUGAUUACACGUAUGUUAUUUAGUUAAAUUUGUGAAAAUUAUGAGAUGCUCACCAACCCGGUGAUAAACUCGCUGCCUCGCUAUUGGCUGGCCUGGUCACAUGGCCGCCAACUUUAUUCAGUUGACAGCAAGUAGGAGGGCCCUAUGGAAGGAGAAAAAAAGACAACACGAGAAAAAUUAGUAUUUUCUACCUUCUGAAAUUAAUGGCCAUGAGUUCGUAUAUGGUGAACUCCAAGUAUGUGGACCCCAAGUUCCCUCCGUGCGAGGAGUAUUUGCAAGGCGGCUACCUAGGCGAGCAGGGCGCCGACUACUACGGCGGUGGCGUGCAGGGUGCAGACUUCCAGCCCCCGGGGCUCUACCCACGGCCCGACUUCGGUGAGCAGACCUUCGGCGGCGGCGGUCCUGGGCCCGGCUCCGCGCUGCCCCCACGGGGUCACGGGCAAGAAGCCAGUGGCCCCGGCGGCCACUACGGAGCCCCAGGAGAGCCGUGCCCCGCUCCCCCCGCGCCCCCGCCCGCGCCCCUGCCCAGCGCCCGGGCCUGCAGCCAGCCGGGCGGCCCCAAGCAGCCGCCCCCCGGCACGGCCCUCAAGCAGCCUGCCGUGGUCUAUCCGUGGAUGAAGAAGGUGCACGUGAAUUCGGUGAACCCCAACUACACUGGCGGGGAGCCCAAGCGGUCCCGGACAGCCUACACCAGGCAGCAAGUCCUAGAACUGGAAAAGGAAUUUCAUUUUAACAGGUAUCUGACGCGGCGCCGUCGGAUUGAAAUUGCUCACACCUUGUGUCUGUCCGAGCGCCAGAUCAAGAUCUGGUUCCAGAACCGGAGGAUGAAGUGGAAAAAAGACCACAAGCUGCCCAACACCAAAGGCAGGUCCUCGUCCUCCUCGUCCUCUUCUUCCUCCUCCUGCUCCUCCUCAGCUGCUCCCGGCCAGCAUUUGCAGCCACUGGCCAAGGAUCACCACACGGAUCUGACGACCUUAUAGAACCUGGGCCCAUUCCUCCCUGCGCUCCCGGCUGAGCCGAAGCUGCGGGGGCAGGCCGGGCUUGCUGUCACCUCCCUGGGCUCUAAGGUACUGUGGGGUGGACCUGGGACUCGCAGGCCGCCCUCGGACUAGGUUAGCGUCCUGCCCGAGGGCAGCCCCCUCCCUGGAGCAGAAUCGGGGUGGGAGGGGGCGGGAUUCUCUCUCUAAGGACAUUAUCAUAUGGCAGGAGCUACUGAGAACAUAAACCUUGGCGAGUUAUUAAACUUAUGAAAAUCUCUGCUGUUGGAUUUUGAAUUUGCAAAUGAAGGUGAGAUACUUUAUCCCAUUGUGAAGUUGAACAUUCUCCCCCACCCCACCCCUCCAGGGAUCUUUGUGGUUUAAUAAUGUGGGGGAGUUGAGGCAGGAGCUUGCCCCCCGCCCCCUGCGCUAGGUGCUUUCAGUGGAAACAGGAGAGGUUGGCCAGGAUUUCUGAACUUUCUGGGUUGGUUAUCUGUAUAAUUUCCAGUGUGAAAAAAAAGUAUUUUGCUCCCAGUGGCCCCAUGCCCAAAGAAAUGAGUCUAAGAAGAAAGUGGAAACGGGUUAUUUUAUGUUUAGAUUAUAUUUGCUUAAAUAUUUAUUUGUUGGGGGAUGGAUGGGGUACAGAAAUAACUGACAUCUUAAUGCCAAAAAUCUUAAGAAGGUGAAAGGGGCUGAGUUUCAGGGAGAAGAAUCAGAGAUGUGUGGACUAACUUCUGGCUGUAAGCGUUAUUUUGAACUCCACCCCUCCCCACUCCCCGGAAAUGUGUGUAGGGGGCCCUUAACCCUUUUAGAGGGAAGGAAAGGGUCCACUCAAAGUUGAGUUCUUGAAAAUAUAUUUCCACAUGUGCUUUUUUCAGCACUGUGCUUACAACUAGUUCUGGGUGAUUAAAGAAAAGGGGAAAGAAAGAAACAAAUGGUCCAACAUUUUCCUUCUGGGGAAAGAAAACAAAACCUCUAUGUUCUGGGUCAUUAGAUAAUGACUGAAUUUUCUGUUCCAACUGGAUUCCAAAUGCUGGAUUCUAAAUAACCCAUAUAGCAGUUUUUUAAAAUAGGAAUUGGUGUACAGCCUAUAUGGGAGAGGGGGUAUGUAGUGGGGAGGAAGUGGGAAAGUAGGGGAAAUCUUGCUUUAAAAAAGAGAGAGAAAAACUAAUUGAAUCUAGAAGUCCACAAAAGUUGGUCUUAGGAUUUUUUUUUCUGAAGUUUUUAUUUUUUAAACAAAUGUAAGGAAGUUUUUCCUCAACACAUUAAUUAGAAGCAGAAAUUGUCAAAGUAUAAAAGUUUCAGGCCCUCUUCCUUGCCUUAAAGAAUAGUGGUUUAAGAACAAUCACUCUCAAACAACAGGAGUGAUGUUCUUCAGUCAUUUUUCUUAUGCCUUGCCUGAGAAGGGUUCAAAGCUCAUUUCUCUAAAAUGCUGACCCUUAAGGAUAAGGGUGAAAGAGUCAAAGGUAAUGGCCAGAGUUCAUAUACUCAAAUGAAACAAGACUUUGGAAGUUUAAACCCCAAAGCCUCAGGCUCCAAAAAGAAACCCCUUGGUUGUAGCUACGGAAAAGUGGCAAAAGGGGGUGGGGG